AAGGGCGGGAAUAUCCUGCGUGAGCUGCGUGAUUGUGGAUGGCACGGCGUCAGGAUGGUGAAGUUGUUGUUGUUGAGAUGAGCGGCCCAGUAAGAUGUUAGCUAACAGCUUCCGGACCACAACCAGUGCAGCCCCAGUCCCCACCAGUAAGCUGUGAAGCACAAUGAGUCUUGUUCUGAAUGACCUGCUGGUCUGCUGCAGAGGGCUGGAGAAUGACAAGGCCACCGAGAGGAAGAAAGAAGCUGAAUGCUUCCGGCGGCUCAUCCGAGCUCCAGAGACCAUGCAGGAAUUGGAUCGCACCUCAGCGACUAAAGCUAAAGGCUCCCAGCAACUCACAUGGGAUGCUGUGUUCAGGUUCUUGCAGCGUUACCUCCAGAAGGAGACUGAGGUCAUGCAGUCAAGUAAAUCUAAAGUCACACAGACUACGCUGGCCACACGGCAGAAGAAGAUGAAUGAAAUGUGCAGCUUGAUGAAGUAUUUCAUUUGCUCUGCAAACAAACGUGGACCUCGUCUGAAAUGCAGCGAGCUGCUGAAACACGUGAUGGAGGUGCUGCAGAGCCCUUACUGCUGCUCAGCCUAUGGAAAAAAUUACAGCAGCCUCCUUCUGAAGAAUGUCCUCUCUGUUCGCAAGUACUGGUGUGACAUCACCCCGCAGCAGUGGCAGAGUCUUCUGGACUUGUUCUGCAGCCUGUUCAACUCUUCAUCCAGAUCCAUCAACCGGGUCCUUCUGAGCAGAGUCAUCCACACGGUGGUGAAGGGCUGCUGCUCCCAGACGGAUGGAGGCAACCACACGUUGUUCAGCUUCUUCUCCAAAGCUCUGCUCAACGUCAGGCAGGAGAAACACCUGCCUGUUUUGGAGCACCUCGUCUCGGCUCUGAACAUCUUCUCGAGGUCCGCCGCCAUGAACGGCCGGAUGCGAGUGUGUCACCUUGGAGAGGAGCUUCUGCCGCCUCUGCUCUACGUGUGGGCCGACACGAGGCCCAGUGCGCCCCUCAAAGAGGAGAUCGUGGAGUUCUUCAACCUGCAGCUGUGUGUGCACCACCCCCGCGGAGCAAAGACUCAGGACUCAGGUGCUCACGCUGAGGACUGGACCAGGUGGAGGCAGCUGCUGUACAACUUGUACGAUACUCUGGUCAGAGAGAUUGGUCACAUAGGCAGCAGAGGGAGGUACGUGACGGGCAGCAGGCACAUCGCUGUCAAAGACAACCUGAUUGAGCUCACGGCUGACAUCUGCCACCAGCUGUUCAGUGAGGACAGCGACUGCCAGAUGUUGGAGGUCACCCAGGCCCCCCUCAGAGCCACGCACAUGAGCAGUCCAACUCCUGGGUCAGCUAAUAAGCGACGGCGUGUUGAAAUGAGCUGGGCUGUCCUCAGAGACCACCUGCAGCCUCAGCACAGUGACUUUGAUGUCAUACCGUGGCUGCAGAUCACAGCGGUGCUCUCCUCCAAGUACCCGUCCACGCUUCCCAGUCGGGAGCUGGUCCCGUUGCUGUCGGGGCUGUAUCAGCUGCUGGCGGAGCAGCGGAGAGGGGAGAGGGGUCUGUACGUGCUGCGCUGCCUGAAGGAAGUGGCUCACUGUCAGACUCGACACCCACAGACGGCGCAGGCCCACGGGGCCGAGCUGGCCAGGCUCUGGGUCCGGAUCUGGGCUCUGGCGUUGCGCGGGGUCAGCUCGCCCCAGACCGAGGCCCUCAGCCUAGACCUGCUGGCCUCCAUUGUUCACUGCGGGCUGAUCGACAUUGACAGAGAGUUCUGGAGACUCUUCUGUGCAUCUGCGUGUAAACCGUCCCAGAGUUCUGCUCUCUGCCUAGCACAGGCUGUCCUGAGGUGUCCAAUCCCAAAGCGUCUCUCAUCAGGCUCAAGCUGGGACAGCGUGGGAGGCGCUGAUGGGUGCGUGAAGGAGACGCUCAUAGCCUGGUUGCUGAUGAGCGACCAGAACGAGGAGACUGAGGAGAGCUGCAGACCUCACCCCAUCAUCUGCAGAGACUUUUCUCACAACCUGAUAUCGAACAUCUUGGUCUCACUGACCCUCAAAGACUCCAGGUUAGGUUUAAAGUUUCUGCUGGGUUCUGACGGAGCUCAGAGCUCCUCCUCUAAAGAACGGGUGUCCUCUGGUGCCAAAGAGGACCUGGAGGUGAUUGAGAGACUCUAUCACCAGUUUAGCUUCAGCGUGUCGCCAUCAGAGACCAGAGAAGCUGAGGACGAGUUGGGGAAGACGACGUCGGCCAAGAACCGGUUCGCCAUUGUUCCUGGCCUCUGGAACCAGCUGGAGCAGCUUCUGCUCGCUGUAGCGGAUGGUCUGCUUAACUGCUACUCUCCUGAUUCCGAGUCCAGCCCCCCACAGUGUCUGGUGCGCUGCUGCAGCCAGCUGACGGGUGUUCUGGCUGGUUACGUCUCCACCGGGGUCCUGAGCAAGGAGGAGGCCUGCUGCUCACAACUCUUCUCCAAAGCAAAGGCCUUGGCCCAGGACCUCAGCGGAUUUGUCUCCAGCAUCAAAGUGAAGAUGAGCGAGGAGAGGAUCAUGUCCACAAUGAGAUCGGUUAUGAAGCUUUGCAGACAGAAUAGCAGCAGGAAACUCAAGGACGGCGUCGGUUCCAUCUCCUCCGGUUUGUUUAUUUUGACCCUGCCCGCCAGCCUCCUGGGUGAGCUGGCAGAAAUCUGCAAACUGCUGUUGAGCAGCGCUCCGAGGAAAGUCAGCUCUGUCGAUGACGACGAGCACAUGGACGAUGACUGGGAAACGAGCAGAGCCGAGCCCUCUGGGAGCGACUUUGACCUGUUUGAUGAUGGUGAGGACUCCCACAGCAGCACCAACGGGACCCACAGACCCCAGGGAGACGGCACCGACACCUCAUGUGGCCCAGGUGCUAAGAGCCUGCUAGCGGAGGAGUUUCUGGCCCAGCAGGACCUGGCUUUGCUCGCAGCCCUGGAGUUCCUGUGUGAGUGUGGUUCUGCUCGGCCCGUCCAUGGCCUGCUGUUUAAACCGCAGGAGGUGCGCCGCAGGCUGCUGCUGCUGCUGGAGCAGAUAGACUUCAGCAAAGCCCUGCACCUCCACAUGUAUCUCGUCCUGCUGAAGGAGCUUCCUGCUGAGGAUUCGUUGUCUCCAGAGGAAUUUGACUCACUGCUCCGUCCUCUGGCGGACAUGUGUUCGAUGUAUCGUCAAGACCAGGAGGUGUGUGCUGCCAUCCUGCUCGGUUUGUUACCUUCCAUAAAGAGUCUGGGGAGGACACGUCACACGCCCGAGGACAUGAGACACGUUCAGGGAUCUGUUCUUCAAGUCGUCUCUGGCUUCUGCCUCCUGAGCCAGUCGGGGAAAUGCGUGGCCCUGGUGAGAGCUGCUUUAGUCCAGUGUCUGGUUGCUUUGCUGGAGGCUGACCCGUGCUGCAGCUGGGCCAUCCUGACUCUCGGAGACGACCCCGUGUCUUCUGCUCUUCCAUCCCACCUGGCAGACGCCCACCACCGAGUCCGUAUGCUGGUGGCCGUGUCGCUGGAGAGACUGUUUCUGGAUAUGAGACGGAAGGAUAAGAAGACGAUGCUGCCACUAAAACUCCAACAAGCAGCGUUUGAGAACAUUUAUCUGAAGGCUCAGGAGGGCAUGAAGUUCCCGAGAAGCAGCUCAUCGGAGGACCAGCGGGAUGAAACGUUCAACCGCGAAGCCGCCCUGCUGAAGAGUUUAUCUGUUGUUCUGUGCUGUAGCCCAGUGUGUGAAAAACAGAGUCUGUUUGCGCUCUUCCAGUCCUAUAAGGAGAACAACAUUGAGGAAGAGCUCAUCAAAAAGAUGUUGAGCAGUGUGUCCAAAGUUCUGGGCUACAAGAGCGUAAAGGCAUUCAUCAGCUCUCACCUGUUCUACCUGGUGGCUGAGUGGCUCGCACAGAGACAGUCAGACGACCGCUACACUCUGGGAUCGUUCCCCUACAGUCUGCUGGACCAUCACUCGGUCAAAGAUUUCUACAGCUCCUCCUACCAGGUGCUGAUCCCACACCUGGUCUUCCUGGACGACUUUGAGCAGGUGAAGUCCAUCGGCAGGUGCCUGGAGAAGGACUGGAAGCUCUUACUGGCGGACUGCUUCCCUAAAAUCAUGGUCAACAUCCUGCCGUACUUUGCGCUGCCGGGUCAGAACUCUGAAGUAGCGCAGCAGAGAGAGAAGGCCCACCGCGUGUACGACCUCCUGAAAGACAGCAGCUGUCUGGGCAAACAGCAUAUCGAUGACCUGAUCUGCAAUAAUCUGGCCGACAUCGUAGUGGAGCUGCUGAUGACGCUGUAUGAGGGAGACGGAGGAGACCUGAAACGGUUCAUUGGGGAGUUGGAUCCUGUUCCCAAUCCUCCGUACUUCAGUUCUCAUGUCAUCAGAUCUACUCUGGAUUUCAUCAGCAAGUGUCACAGCACCAACCACAAGUCUCUGGUUUCUGUUCUGUCAAAGACCCCGAUUUCCAUCCAGAGGAUCCUACUGGCCGUGUGCCAAAAGGCGUCGGAGACGACCAACAGCUAUGAGCGCCACCGCAUUCUCCUCAUGUACCACCUGUUUGUCAGCCUGCUGCUCAGGGAGGUAAAGGACGGUCUGGGCGGAGCCUGGGCCUUCGUCCUCAGAGAUGUUGUCUACACCCUAGUUCAUCACAUCAGCAACAGAUCCCUUCAGUGUGAUGAGGUGUCAAGCCGAAGCCUCUCUCUGUGCUGCGACCUGCUUUCGUCCGUUUGCCAGAUAGCGCUUGAGUUCUGCGACGACGCUCUUGACUGCCACCUGCAGGUAAUCGUGGGAACUCUUACCGCUCAGCUGACCAGCCAGUCAUCCAUCUCACAACAGGUUCUGAGUUUGCUGCAGUUUCUGGUAAUGGAGAAUCAGCAGAAGCUAAAAGGAGCCAUCAGCAGGCUGGAGCCCUUUCCUGAUCUUCCUGAGUUCAGAGAGCUGCGGACUGUGCAGCACAAACUCAAAUACAGCAGCGGACGCUUUACUCUGACUCAGGAGAUCCUGCACUUCCUGUCAGCGUCAUCCUGCGGCUCUUUACGUCUGACCCGACUGGAGGGGUUAAAGGAGCUGACCCGACAGCUGCGUCACAACAAAGGACAGAUUCAAGAGCUGCUCAGAGAGUGCCACGCUAACCCUGCUGACAGUGUGUUGGUGAAGCUGGUUCUCGCUCUGUUGCAACUCUGCAAGCUAGCUGCCAGUUAUCCUGAAGGAGAUGACAUUUUAGAGGCAGCAGGCAACUGUUUGGGAGAACUGGGCCCAGUGGACUUCUCCACCAUCGCCCUCCUCCACGGCAGGGACCCGCUCUACGAGAAGGCCGUGGCUCUUUUCACCUCCACUGAGUCACAGCAACUUUACAUCAUCCUGAACUGCAUGAAUGAGGCGCUCACGCAGCAGCGCAUCGAGGUGAGGCGGGCAGCAGCUCAGUGUGUGAGGAACAUCCUCGCCACGCAGUCUGGAGCUGAUUUCUGGGACCAGCACAAAGACAACAGAGACCCCCUGCUGGUUUACCUCAAUCCCUUUCGAACAGCCAAGAACAAGGUGGCUGCUGUGGCUGCUCUGGAGAGCUCAGAAGCCAAGAAGAAGCUGGAGAGCCAGGAGUUCUGGUAUCCCCAGGCAGGUAGACACCAGGCCUGGCUGAAGGCUCUGUGCACAGCUCUGCUGGACAGCGGGGGGGCCAAGAGUGAGGCUCUGCAGCUGUCCGGACCACUGUGUCAGGUGACGGUGGACUGCUGCCAGAGGCUGCUGCCUCUCAUCAUCCACUCUGUCCUGCUGGAGGACCCCAGCGGGUCCUGGAGGGAGCUGCUGUCCUCCCACAUCCGGGACUUCUUUAGUUUUUGUUCCAGAAGCGCUCAAACCACCAGUCGGUCCACCACACCUGCCAACUCUGACUCGGCAGAGUCUGACUCAGCCUGCCAGAGCUUGUGUGACAAGGCGUCUCUGCGCACCAUGCUCGCUGUGAUCGACUAUCUGAGACACCAGCAGCGACCGCUGGAGGCUGAUAGUAACUCCUGUGGCACGGUGUGUGACUCCAACUUCUGGCUGGACCUGAACUACCUGGAGGUGGCCCGAGCUGCUCAGUCCUGCUCCGCCCACUUCACCGCUCUGCUCUACUCGGAGAUCUACGUCGACAAGAUCAAAGCCAACAUGGAGGAGAGGCGCAGGUCCAAGUCCAGAGCAACACGAAAGAUCAAUUUUGAGGACGACAGCCAGAACGUCACCAUCUUCAGUCUGACUGAGAGGAGCAUGGAGGACACCAACAUCAGUCUGCAGGAUCUGCUGAUUGAGGUGUAUCGCAGCAUUGGAGAGCCUGACAGUCUGUACGGCUGUGGAGGAGACACCACGAGCAGCUCACUGACCCGGAUUCGGACGUACGAACACGAGGCUCUUUGGGGGAAGGCCCUGGCUUCAUACGACCUUCAGUCUACUCUGCCUGAAGUCACUCGGCUGGUGGGAAUCGUGGAGGGCCUGCAGAACUUUGGUCUGAGCAGCGUCCUGGCCACCUACCUGAGGGGUUUGGAGAGCCAAGGGGUGGAGUGGGGGCCUGAGCUGCGAGAGCUGCGCUUCCAGGCGGCCUGGAGGAACGCCCAGUGGGACUGUGAGCUGUCAAACAGGAGUGACAAAUCCAACCCCGGCUUCCAUGAAUCAGUGUUUUGUGCCCUGCAAGCGCUGAGAGACAAAGAAUUUCUCAUUUUUGAUGAAACUCUGAGACAAACCAGGGGUGCAGCAGUGGAGGAGCUCUGCAGAGGGAGUCUGGAGGCGGUGUCGUCUCUGUACCCGGCUCUCAGGGACUUGCAGAGCAUCGGGGAGCUGGAGAGCAUCAGACAGCUCUUCUCCAGGCCCUUCUCAGAUGAGACUCUGACGGAAGUUUGCAGCCAGUGGCGGCAGCACUCCCAGCUGCUCCUGGACAGUGACUUUACCAUGGUGGAGCCCAUUCUAGCUCUGCGCUCUGUCACACAGCAGACCCUGUUAUCCACGCUGGGAAACCCUGAAAGCAACCCGCGCUUGAGCUCGGUGCUCACAGACCACCUGAUGGAGCUCUGCCGUUCGGCUCGCAAAGCUGGAAAUGCACAGCUUGCAGAGCGUGCCGUCUACCAGAUGAAGCAGCACGGGGGUGGAGGGACCUGCUCUGUGUCGUCAUGGCAGCUGGAAGAGGCCCAGGUGUUCUGGGCUAAGGGAGAACAGGGUCCGGCUCUGGGCCUGCUGAGACAGAUGAUCCACAGUCUGGAGGAAAAGGUGGACUUCGAUCCGGCGUUGGUUCCACUUUACACAGAAAGCCUCAGGCUGUGUGGUAACUGGCUGGCUGAGACCUGCUUAGAAAGUCCUGGACUCAUCCUGGAAAAGUACCUGGAGAGGGCAGUGGAGGUGAUCGAGGGGGGGUUAGAGGUCCGGGACUCCCGGCUCCAGAGCCAACAGAACGAGGCGUUCUUGUCUCUGGCUCGCUUCUCCGAUGCCCAGUACCAGAGCAUUGAUAAGUACAUGAAGUCCUCAGAGUUUGAGAACAAGCAGGCACUGUUGAACAAGGCCAAAGAAGAAGUGAGCUUGAUAAUGACACAAAACGUGUCAAACAGAUACACUGAGAAGGUGAAGAGGGAGCUGAAGCUAGACGAAGCGGCGCUGUCCAACCUGCAGGUGGACAGACAGCGCUUCCUCUGCAAGGCCGUGGAGAAUUACAUCCGGUGUCUGGAGGGCGGCCAGGAGCACGACACCUGGGUGUUUCGCCUGGCAUCUCUGUGGCUGAAAAACGCCGGCAUCAAGGUGGUGAACGACAUGAUGAAGAGAGGAGUGAAGAAGAUCCCCUCCUACAAAUUCCUGCCGCUCAUGUAUCAGCUGGCUGCUCGUAUGGGAACCAAGGCGGCCGCCGGCGUCUACGAGAACACCGGCUUCCACGAUGUCCUCAAUGAUCUGAUUUGCAGAGCAGCGCUGGAGCAUCCUCACCACACGCUCUUCAUCAUCUUCGCCCUGGUGAACGCCAACAAAGAUGAGAACUUUAGCAGGACGCGACAGACGAAGAACUCUCUUGGACAGCCUUCCCAGUUUGACCGGGAGCGUUCUGAUGUAGCCCACAAGAUCAUCGGCGUCAUCAGGGAGAAGCGCCGCGUGAUGAUCCGUGACAUGGAGCGUCUGUGUGACGCCUACAUCACUCUAGCCUACAUGGACGCUAGCCGGCACAAGACUGAGAAGAAGGCCAUUCCCAUCCCGGCUGAUCAGCCCAUCAUGCAGAUCAAAGACCUGGGGGAAAUACCCAUCCCCACCAUGGAGAUUGAGGUGGAUCCAUCUGGUUGCUAUGACAACCUGGUGACGGUCAGAUCCUUCCUUCCUCACUACCACCUGGCCGGAGGGGUCAACCUGCCCAAGAUCGUCGACUGUGUCGGCUCUGAUGGGAAGAGCAGGAGACAGCUGGUCAAAGGCCAGGACGACCUGCGGCAGGAUGCAGUGAUGCAGCAGGUCUUCAGCAUGUGCUCCAUGCUGCUGAAGCGCAACACGGACACUCGGAAGAGGAAGCUCAACAUCAGGCGCUACAAGGUGGUACCGUUCUCUCAGCGCAGCGGCGUGUUAGAGUGGUGCUCUGGCACGGUGCCGAUCGGAGAGUUCCUGGUGAAUCCAAAUAAAGGAGCCCACAAACGCUUUCGACCGCAGGACUGGACCAACCUGGCCUGCCGCAAGAAGAUGAUGGACGCUCAAAAGUCGGCAUUUGAUGUGAAGCUGGAGGCCUACAGCGAGGUGUGUAAGAGGUUCAGGCCGGUCUUUAGGUACUUCUGUAUGGAGCGGUUCUUGGACCCCGCCGUGUGGAUGGAGAAGCGGCUGGCAUAUACUCGCAGUGUGGCCACCUCCUCAAUAGUGGGGUACAUUGUUGGUCUGGGUGACCGUCACAUCCAGAACAUCCUGAUCGAUGAGCAGACGGCUGAACUGGUGCACAUUGAUUUGGGUGUGGCCUUUGAGCAGGGUAAGAUCCUCCCCACCCCCGAGACUGUCCCCUUCAGGCUCUCCAGGGAUAUCGUGGAUGGGAUGGGCAUCACCGGAGUGGAGGGGGUUUUCAGGAGAUGCUGUGAGAAGACCAUGGAGGUGAUGAGGAGCUCACAGGAAGCUCUGCUGACCAUCGUAGAGGUGCUGCUGUACGACCCGUUAUUUGACUGGACCAUGAACCCCCUGAAGGCCUUCUACCUGCAGCACGAUGAGCAGCAGGAGCUCAACGCGACUCUGGGCUCCACGAUGGGAGGAGAUGACAUAAACAGCCAUCGCAAACCCAGCGACAAUCAGAGCUUCAAUAAGGUGGCGGAGCGGGUUCUGCUGAGGCUCCAGGAAAAGCUGAAGGGGGUGGAGCAGGGAACAGUGCUCAGCGUGGGGGGGCAGGUCAACCUGCUCAUUCAGCAGGCCAUGGACCCAGAAAACCUGAGCAGACUCUUCCCAGGGUGGCAGGCCUGGGUGUAAGCCUAGGAGAAGUCUGACACCAUCAGACCCAACCAGUUGAACCAGAUCCACCCUAUAAAUGCUGACCUUUGCACUUUAAUGAGAGGCAAAGUGACAGACCAGAUGCAGCGAUGUGUGGAAGGACCAUUUUCACAACAGGGACGUGAAACGGAUCUGUGAACAGCCUGAUUACUCGAAUGUUUACUUCUGGGUUUUAUCCUGUUCAUCUGUUUUUACUGUUGAGUUCAGUGUGAAAAACUCCAAAGAUGUUUUAUGAAUGUAUGAUGAAUUAAACACCCUCAGCAGCCCGUCACAUCCAUCCUGCAGAGCAUCCUCCUAGCCUUCAUAUUUUCUUUUUCUGUAGAAUUUUGCACAAUUGUCAUGAAACAAAUCUUUGUAACCGCUACUCUAUAACACCUUGUUGUCUUUUUUUUUUUACCUGUAUGCUGUUUCAUUCAAUAAGCAAUAAAAACUAAUUGUUUAUUAA